AUGGCUCGCCCCCGCAGCAGCAGUAGCGCCGCUGCCCGCCUCCUUCUGCUGCUCGUCGCCGUCGCAGCGGCGCUCCAGGCCACGGACACCGCGCUGCCGGUGGCCAGCGGCUUCAUCCGCAAAUCCUGCCGCGCGAUGCAGUACCCGUCGGUGCGCGAGCAUAGCCUCGCGGCGUACAGAGGCUCCCCGCCGUCGUGGAGCCUGCGGGAGCUGGCGCGCGCCGCGCUGGCGGUGAGCGUGGACCGCGCCCGGGCAUCGUUCGCGUACGUGGGCCGCCUGUGUGGCUCCCGGUCUGGAUCCGGCGAUGGCAGCCCCCGCCGUGGUGCGAAGAAGGGGUCAGCGGCUGCGGGUCCCAUGCGCAACUGUCUGGAGAAUCUAGCGGACAGCGUGGGCCACCUCCCCGACGCGGCGCAGGAGAUAGGCGGUGCCGGGAUGAGAAGCGCAGGGACUGAAUCAAAAAAUUCUCAAGACUCGGGCUACACCGAGAUGUACUGCAUGUUAAAUCUUAAAUAA